UGAACUAGGACAUUUUGCACACUCAAACAGUGGAUGCUUGGCGAGCGGAUUGAAUUGACCGUUUCUCACUAACGUUAUAAGGAAGUGAUUCAAUCACGGGGAAAUAUAUUUAAGUGUAAUUGCUAUUCUGAAUUAAAUAGGUAUUGCAUGGGGUAACAACCUUGGCAUUUCUAUUCCGCGCGUGGGACAUUGUAUUAGCUUUCUAGAUAGCAAGAGAUAUGUGAAGGCCUCCCCUUUUUUGUCUAGCUAGCUAAUAAGUAUCAGCGUUACAAUUUAAAUAACUACAUCAGUGUUAAUUUUGCUUGAGUUUUGUUUUGUUGAAAGUAAUUAGUUAGCUACAUUGCUGAACUUGGCUAAAUAACGUUAGCUAACGAGCAAAAUUAAUAGCUAACGGUAACUUAACAAAAUAGUACGCGCUAGUCUCGCUGUUGGUGCCGAACGCUUGUGCUAUGGGUUUGCUGUCACAAGGGUCACCGCUCAACUGGGAAGAAACCAAAAAGUAUGCAGACCAUGUCAGGAAGCAUGGCAUCGUUCAGUUUCUCAACAUCUAUAACAAGGUGAAAGAACGACAGAAGGAUGUAUUGUUAUGGGGCGAUGAGGUGGAAUACAUGUUGAUUGAAAUUGAUGAGAAAAAUGAAAAGGUUCGUCUUGUUCUCAAUGGUGGGGAGGUUUUGGAAACCCUUCAAGACAAAGGUGAAAAGACAAACCCCAACCAUCCUACCCUUUGGAGGCCAGAGUAUGGCAGCUACAUGAUCGAAGGGACUCCGGGGCAGCCAUACGGUGGGACGAUGUCAGAGUUCAACACGGUGGAGGACAACAUGGGAAAGAGGAGGCGAGAGGCCUCAUCUGUGCUGAAUAAGAAUGAAACCCUUGCCACCAUCACAUCAUUCCCAAGGUUAGGUUGUCCAGGCUUCACCCAGCCAGAGUACAACCCAACACCUGUUGAAAAAGGAGUGUCCAAAUCACUGUUCUUCCCAGAUGAAGCCAUAAACGGACACCCAAGAUUCAGCACCCUGACCAGAAACAUUCGUCACAGAAGAGGAGAGAAGGUAGUGAUCAACGUACCCAUCUUUAAAGACAAGUGCACUCCAUCUCCAUUUGUGGAGAAGUUUCCGGAGGAUGAUGGGGAGGCCGCCAGAGCAGCUCUCCCUGAUCACAUCUACAUGGAUGCCAUGGGCUUCGGAAUGGGCAACUGCUGUCUUCAGGUGACAUUCCAAGCUUGCAGCAUUGAAGAGGCGAGGUACCUUUAUGACCAACUAGCAACAUUCUGCCCCAUAGUGAUGGCCCUCAGUGCUGCUUCGCCGUUUUACAGAGGCUAUGUGUCAGACAUUGAUUGUCGCUGGGGAGUUAUUUCUGCCUCGGUGGAUGACAGGACCGGGGAAGAGAGAGGGCUGGAGCCUUUGAAAAGCAACAAAUUUCGAAUCUUGAAAUCAAGAUAUGAUUCAAUUGACAGCUACCUCUCCAGUUGUGGCGAUAAGUACAAUGACAUAGAUCUGACAAUAGAUGAGGAGAUCAACAAACAGUUGCUGGAUGCAGGGAUCGACAAACUGCUGGCCCAACACAUAGCCCAUCUUUUCAUCCGGGACCCGCUGUCACUCUUUGAGGAGAAAAUUCACCUGGAUGAUGAAAACGAGUCGGAUCACUUUGAGAAUCUGCAGUCAACCAACUGGCAGACAAUGAGGUUCAAACCUCCUCCUCCAAACUCGGACAUCGGAUGGCGAGUUGAGUUCCGCCCCAUGGAGGUGCAACUUACCGAUUUUGAAAACUCUGCUUACGUUGUUUUCAUCGUCCUGCUCACCAGGGUUAUCCUGUCCUAUAAACUAGACUUUCUCAUCCCCUUGUCAAAGGUUGACGAAAACAUGAAAGUGGCCCAGGAAAGAAAUGCAGUCCAAGAGGGCAUGUUUUACUUCCGGAAGGACAUCUAUAAAGGCUGUAACCCUGUCCUCGAUAGCUCCUCAGCGGCCCAGAACGGCUUGGACAGUGAGGGUGACAAUGAGUACAUACUGAUGAGCAUUGACACAAUCAUCAAUGGAAAGGAAGGAGUUUUUCAAGGGCUGAUACCAAUCCUUAACUGCUACCUGGAAAACAUGGAGGUGGACGUCGAUACAAGAUGCACCAUCCUGAACUACCUGAAGCUCAUCAAGAGACGCGCCUCAGGUGAACUGAUGACCAUAGCAAAGUGGAUGAGGGAGUUUGUCGACAAGCACACUCAAUACAAGCAAGACAGCGUAAUAACUGACAAAAUAAACUACGACUUACUCCGCAAGUGUGACAGUAUCUCAAAAGGAGAGGAGCGAUGCCCAGAACUUUUUGGAGACCCAGUCAAUCGGGGCAAAUAAACCAAUUGUCACAGCUGUAAUCCAUGAAUUAAUGUGUUGUCCAUCAUCAAUGAUGUACGUGAAAAGAGAGCCUAAAUAUCUGGCUGAACAAAGAAGUGGUCCAAACUACACUAAACAAAAAUAUAAACGCAACAUGUAAAGUGUUGGUCCCAGGUUUCAUGAGCUGAAAUAAAAAAUCCCCAAAAUGUAUUAAUCUCAACUUUUGUGCACAAAUUUGUUUACAUCCAUGUUAGUGGGCAUUUCUCCUUUGUGCAGUCAAGUUGAGGGAGUGUCCACCAGAGCUGUUGCCAGAGAAUUUAAUGUUUAAUUUCUCUACCGUAAGUCAUGUCAAUGUCGUUUAAGAGAAUUUGGCAGUAAGUCCAACCGGCCUCAGCUGUAGACCACUUGUAACCACGCCAGCCCAGGACCUCUGCAUCCGGCUUCUUUGUCUGAGACCAGCCCCCCAGACAGCUGAUGAAACUGUGGGUUUGUACAACUGAUUAAUUUCUGCAAAAAAAAAAUCAGAAACAAAUCUGCGUGCUCGUUCGUCAUCCUCACCAGGGUCUUGACCUGACUGCAGUUCGGUGUCGUAAUCAAUUUCAGUAGGCAAAUGUUCACCUUCAAUAGCCACUGGCACGCUGGAGAAGUGUGCUCUUCACGGAUGAAUCCCGUUUUCAACUGUACCGUGCAGACUGUACAUGGCAUCGUGUGUGUGUGUGAGCGGUUUUCUGAUGUUCACGUUGUGAACAGAGUGCCCCAUGUUGGCGGUGGGGUUAUGGUAUGUGCAGGCAUAAGCUACGGACAACAAACACAAUUACAUUUUAUCGUUGGCAAUUUGAAUGCACAGAGAUACCGUGACGAGAUCCCGAGGCCCAUUAUCGUGCCAUUCAUCCGCCACCACCUCAGAGGAGUGGGACAACAUGCCAUAAUCAUAGCCUGAUCAACUAUAUGCGAAGAAGAUGUUGCACUGAAUGAUGCAUAUGGUGGUCACACCAGAUAGUGACUGAUGUUCAGAUCCACGACCCUACUUUUAUUUACAUUAUUUAUCUGUGACCAAAAUAUGCAUAUCUAUAUUUCCAGUUGUGAAAUCUAUGUAUUCGGGCCUAAUGAAUUUAUUUAAAUUGACUGAUUCCUUGUGACCUGUAACUCAGUGAAAUUGUUGCAUGUUGCAUUUAUAUUUUUUUCAGUGUAAUUGAGUUUUAAUGGAGAACAUAGAAUUGCAUGUGUGCAUUGCGAAGGUGAAGCCGGUGUAUUGAAGUUGUAUAUACUGUUACAGAGAAACCAUAACAAAAUGCAAUCUGAUGUGUAAUUGGAUAUGUAAAUAUUUUUCUUCUGUUCAUGGUAAAUGUAAUGAACACAAGUUCACUUUAAUAUUUAAGUGUAAACUAUACUUCCAUCUGCUCUACAAACAUUAACAAGGGUUCUUACGUUUCCAAAUGUGGUAUAUCUGCAUUUGUCUGAAAUAAUUUUUGUUUUUGUGAGAAAUGUAAAAUGAAAAGUGUGAUUUGCUGUGCUGACAUGACAGUAGAACAUUAAGAAAGUAGUAUGACAUUGAAGUGAAUGUUAGCAUUUGGUUGGAAUGUCUCAUUGAAUAAAUCUGUGUACAGCACUAA